CGUUGAGAAGGUAUUGACUUUUGUCGUUCAAGUCCUUCGACUUCUGUAUACUUUCGCUGAAUGUCACUGUGGCGCUUAAUCGGAUCCUCUCGGUAAAGACUCGUCCUUUUGUUUUUUGAAUCGUAAUCGAAAAUUGCGAGUGUUUCCGUAGCUUUAGCUUCGAAAUCACCAAAGAGGCUUUUGGAAGAGAAGCUCAUCUCUCUCUUGGAGUCAUGUAAAACCCAGAAACACCUUCUCCAAAUCAAGUCACAGACUUUAACUCACGGGUUAGAAGACAAUGAUUACGUCGGUCCGAGAAUCAUUUCCGCUUGUUGUCGGGUCGCGAGAAUCGGUUACGCACGCCAGGUGUUCGACAGAAUGGCUCAACCAACUGUUUCUAUUUACAACGCCAUGUUAAAUGGUUACACGCAAAACGACAUUGUUACCGUCGGCUAAUAAAGUGUUCUGUGAGAUGGGUGAGAGAAAUGUAGUUACUUGGACUUCGAUGAUCAAUGGGUAUAUACUGAACAAGGACUUAGUCUCUGCUCGGCGGUUUUUUGAUCUGUCCCCUGAGAGAGACACUGUGCUAUGGAACACUAUGGUAGCUGGUUAUAUUCAAACGGGGAACAUGAUGGAAGAAGCUAGGAGUCUUUUCGAUUCGAUGCCUUGUAAGGACAUCAUGUCGUGGAACACAGUUUUGGAGGGUUAUGCAAAUAGUGGAAACGUUGAGGCUUGUGAGAGAGUUUUCGAAGAGAUGCCUGAGAGAAAUGUGUUCUCUUGGAAUGGUUUGAUCAAGGGGUAUACACAGAGUGGGAGGCUUGAUAAAGUGUUGGAUUGUUUUAAGAGAAUGGUAGAUGAAGAUAAGGUUGUUCCUAAUGAUGCAACUUUGACUUCAGUCUUAUCAGCUUGUGCAAAGUUAGGAGCUUUCGAGUUCGGGAAACGGGUGCAUAAGCGUGGAGAGAGUCUUGGGUUUGAUAAGGUUAAUGUGAACUUCAUGAAUGCUUUGGUUGAUAUGUAUGCAAAAUGCGGAGCUAUAGAGAUGGCAAUGGAAGUCUUUAAUACCAUAAAGAGAAGAGAUUUGAUAAGUUGGAAUACUGUAAUCAACGGUUUAGCUGCUCAUGGACAUGGAACCGAGGCUUUAGGUUUAUUCCGUGAGAUGAAAACUUGCGGAGUUAGACCGGACAAGAUAACGUUCGUAGGUGUUCUAUGCGCCUGUAGACACAUGGGUUUGGUUGAAGAUGGGUUAGCUUAUUACAACUCCAUGUUUACUGAUUACUCAAUCACGCCUCAGAUAGAGCAUUGCGGCUGUAUGGUGGAUUUGCUCUCCCGUGCUGGGCUUUUAACACAAGCUGUUGAGUUUAUAAACAAAAUGCCGGUGAAAGCGGACGCUGUUAUAUGGGCCACUUUGCUUGGAGCUUCGAAGGUUUACAAGAAGGUGGAGGUCGGCGAGCUUGCUCUUGGAGAGCUGGUUAAGCUUGAGCCGAGAAACCCGGCUAAUUUCGUGAUGCUUUCAAACAUAUACGGUGAUCUUGGGAGAUUUGAUGAUGCUGCUAGGUUGAAAGUUGCUAUGAGAGACACGGGGUUUAAGAAAGAAGCAGGUGUUAGCUGGAUUGAGACUGAUGAUGGUUUGGUGAAGUUUUAUUCUUCUGGAGAGAAGCAUCGUAGAACAGAGGAGUUACAGGGGAUCUUGAGAGAGCUGAAGAACUACAGUAUCUUGCUUGAUGAUGAAGAAGAAGAACUUCAAGAACAUUUGAUCUAAAUCUAGAUUGUGUUGAAAUAUUUGUUAUGGUGUCAGUUUCAAUUUGCUAGAAAGCAUAAUAUGUCUCUUACACUCUAUAGUGGGAUACUUCUUAUAGUCUCUUGCUCUUUACAUAGUGACCAUAAGAAGAAGCCUUUAUUACAGAUCUCUCACGAUCACUUUGUUGUUAUACGAAAAGAGGUUUGAUACAUUCUGUAAUACUGGUGUUUUUGUCCAAUUACAACUUCUGUUUUGAUGCCUA